UGUAUGUUUACCAUGGGUGCCCGCGCGCUCUGUUUGGUUCUGGUAUGUUUGUAGACCGGGGAAGUUAGCGCGGUAUUUUUUGAUGAUUUCAAAUGCCGUCGAAUUAACUUAUGUAUGGAAUGUGUCUGUGUGUACAUACAGUUUAGUACACGUUGCAGUCGAUACAUGAUUUAAUAUUGCGUGGCCUUCAAACGAGCCAUUGCAAACGGAGUCGAAAUAUUUUUGCUAGGGCUAGCUUGCUAGCAAGCUUGCUGCUCAAAGACGCUUGCUUGCUAACCAUCAAAAGGUUUUCUUUAUUUUAAUACGGCGCAAUGGGGUACCUAAAGUUAAUCGAAAUUGAAAACUUCAAAUCAUAUAAGGGCAGGCAAAUCAUUGGACCUUUCCAGAAGUUCACUGCCAUCAUCGGACCUAAUGGAUCAGGAAAGUCCAACCUCAUGGACGCCAUCAGCUUCGUGCUGGCGGAGAAGACCAGUAACCUUCGUGUGAAGACGCUGAAGGACCUGAUCCAUGGAGCGCCAGUGGGAAAGCCGGCAGCCAACAGGGCCUUCGUCAGCAUGGUGUACCGCGAGGACAACGACGAGGAGCGCACCUUCAGCCGCAUCAUCAUCGGUUCGUCCUCUGAGUACCGCAUCAACAACAAGGUGGUGGGGCUGCCUGAGUACAGCGAGGAGCUGGAGAAGUUGGGCAUCCUCAUCAAGGCCAGGAACUUCCUCGUCUUCCAGGGCGCGGUGGAGUCCAUCGCCAUGAAGAACCCCAAGGAGCGUACGGCGCUUUUUGAGGAGAUCUCUCGCUCGGGGGAGCUGGCCCAGGAGUACGACCGCCGCAAGAAGGAGAUGGUGAAGGCGGAGGAGGACACCCAGUUCAACUACCACCGCAAGAAGAACAUCGCCGCCGAGCGCAAGGAGGCCAAGCAGGAGAAAGAGGAGGCGGAGCGAUACCAGCGUCUGAAGGACGAGGUGGCGCGCGCCCACGUCCAGAUGCAGCUCUUCAAGCUCUACCACAACGAGGCCGAGAUCGAGAAGCUGAACCGCGAGCUGGGCACGCGCAACAAGGACAUCGACAAGGACCGCAAGCGCAUGGACCGCGUGGAGGAGGAGCUGAAGGAGAAGAAGAAGGAGCUGGGCAGACUCAUGAGGGAGCAGCAGACCAUCGAGAAGGAGAUCAAGGAGAAGGACUCUGAGUUGAACCAGAAGCGUCCGCAGUACAUCAAGGCCAAGGAGAACACGUCCCACAAGAUCAAGAAGCUGGAGGCGGCGCGCAAGUCUCUGCAGAACGCCCAGAAGAUGUACAAGAAGCGCAAGGCCGACAUGGAGGAGCUGGAGAAGGAGCAGGGCGCCGUGGAGACCGCCCGGCAGGAGUUUGAGGAGCGCAUGGAGGAGGAGGCCCAGAGCCAGGGCCAGGACCUCCAGCUGGAGGAGAACCAGGUGAAAGCGUACCACCGGCUGAAGGAGGAGGCCAGCAAACGGGCCGCCACGCUGGCUCAGGAGGCGGAGAAGUUCAACCGCGACCAGAAGGCCGACCAGGACCGUCUGGACCUUGAGGAGAGGAAGAAGGUGGAAACAGAGGCCAAGAUCAAGCAGAAGAUCAGAGAGAUCGAGGAGAACCAGAAGCGUAUUGAGAAGUUGGAGGACUACAUCUCCACCAGCAGGCAAUCUCUGGACGAGCAGAAGAAGAUGGAGGAGGACCUUACAGAGGAGGUGGAGUCGGCCAAGAGGAGAAUCGAUGAGAUCAACAUGGAACUGAAUUCGGUUAUGGAGCAGCUGGGUGAUGCUCGUAUCGACAGGCAGGAGAACAGCCGACAGCAGCGUAAAGCUGAGAUCAUGGAGAGCAUCAAAAGACUUUACCCCGGAUCUGUGUAUGGCAGGCUCAUCGACCUCUGCCAGCCCACCCAGAAGAAGUACCAGAUCGCCGUCACCAAGGUGCUGGGCAAGAACAUGGAUGCCAUCAUCGUGGACUCUGAGAAGACGGGCCGCGACUGCAUCCAGUACAUCAAGGAGCAGCGCGGAGAGCCGGAGACCUUCCUUCCCCUCGACUACCUGGAGGUGAAGCCGACCGAUGAGAAGCUGCGUGAGCUGCGCGGGGCACGUCUGGUGAUUGACGUGAUCCGGUACGAGCCCCCCCACAUCAAGAAGGCCCUGCAGUACGCCUGUGGCAACGCCCUGGUCUGUGAGAACGUGGAUGAAGCGCGUAGAAUUGCCUUUGGAGGACAUCAGCGACACAAGACUGUGGCGCUGGACGGUACCCUUUUCCAGAAGUCUGGUGUGAUCUCCGGAGGUGCCAGCGACCUGAAGGCCAAGGCCAGGCGUUGGGACGAGAAGGCCGUGGACAAGUUGAAGGACAGGAAGGAGAAGCUCACGGAUGAGCUCAAGGAACAAAUGAAAGCCAAGCGUAAGGAGGCGGAGCUGCGUCAGGUGCAGUCCCAGGCCCACGGCCUUCAGAUGAGGCUCAAGUACUCCCAGAGCGACCUGGAGCAGACCAAGACCCGCCACCUGUCCCUCAACAUGCAGGAAAAGUCUAAGUUGGAGAGUGAGCUGGCCAACUUCGGGCCACGCAUCAACGACAUCAAGAGAAUCGUCCAGUCACGAGAGAGAGAAAUGAAGGAGCUCAAAGACCGCAUGAAUCUGGUGGAGGACGAGGUGUUUCUGGACUUCUGUAAGGAGAUCGGCGUCCGUAACAUCCGUGAGUUCGAGGAGGAGAAGGUGAAGAGGCAAAACGAGAUUGCAAAGAAGCGCCUGGAGUUUGAGACCCAGAAGACCAAGCUGGGCAUCCAACUGGACUACGAGAAGAACCAGCUGAAGGAGGACCAGGAGAAGGUGGUCAUGUGGGAACAGACCGUCAAGAAGGACGAGAACGAGAUCGAGAAGAUGAAGAAGGAGGAGCAGAGGCACAUGAAGAUCAUCGAUGAGACCAUGGCCCAGCUGCAGGACCUGAAGAACGGCCACCUGACCAAGAAGUCGGAGGUGAACGACAAGAACCACGAGAUGGAGGAGAUCCGCAAGAAGCUGGGCGGAGCCAACAAGGAGCUGACUCAGCUGCAGAAGGAGGUGACGGCCAUCGAGACCAAGCUGGAGCAGAAGCGCAGCGACCGCCACAACCUGCUGCAGGCCUGCAAGAUGCAAGACAUCCGCCUGCCGCUCAAGUCGGGCACCAUGGACGACAUCAGCCAGGAGGACGAGGAAGGGAACAGUCAAAGGACGUCCAGCUCAAAGGAUGUCCUGGCCAAGGAAGCCCUGAUUGAGAUCGACUACAGCAACCUGUCUGAGGACCUCAAGGACGCCCUGUCGGACGACGAGAUCAAGGGGGAGAUGAACACUCUGCAGCAGCGCCUUAACGAGCAGCAGAGCAUCCUGCAGAGGAUCAGCGCCCCCAACAUGAAGGCCAUGGAGAAGCUGGAGAGCGUCCGGGACAAGUUCCAGGAGACCAGCGACGAGUUCGAGGCGGCCAGGAAGAGGGCCAAGAAAGCCAAGCAGGCCUUCGAGCAGAUCAAGAAGGAGCGAUUCGACCGCUUCAACGCCUGCUUCGAGUCCGUCGCCACCAACAUCGACGAGAUCUACAAGUCUCUGUCCCGCAACAGCAGCGCCCAGGCCUUCCUGGGUCCAGAGAACCCUGAGGAGCCCUACCUGGACGGCAUCAACUACAACUGUGUGGCCCCUGGCAAGCGUUUCCGGCCCAUGGACAACCUCUCAGGAGGAGAGAAGACCGUGGCCGCCCUGGCCCUGCUCUUCGCCAUCCACAGUUAUAAGCCAGCCCCCUUCUUCGUGCUUGAUGAGAUUGAUGCCGCUCUUGACAACACCAACAUCGGCAAGGUGGCCAACUACAUCAAGGAUCAGUCUGUCGAGCACUUCCAAGCCAUCGUCAUCUCGCUGAAAGAGGAGUUUUAUACCAAGGCUGAUGCACUCGUUGGUGUCUACCCCGAGCAAGGGGACUGUGUCAUCAGUAAAGUCCUGACCUUUGACCUGUCUGAAUACCCGGACGCAAACCCCAAUCCAAACGAGUAGCGCAGCCGACACACUGUUGUGACAUCAUGUACUUUUGUUUGUAUUCCCCCUGUCGAGUGGGUGGUGAUGAUGUUAUUAUUAUGUUUUUAGAGGCAUUUUUAUAUGAUAUUAUUCAGUCAUCUUGUUUCCCUUGUCGUGCCAGAUCAUGAAUGCGUAAAAGCUGUUUUCGUUUAACGGUAGAAUCAUGAAUGUUGUAAAGUAGCCAUGGCACGUAAGCUUAAUAAUGUCUCAUUCCCCCUUUACGAUGAAAGGAGGCAUUGUGAAGCCUGGAUAUUUUACUAAUUUCUCUUUUACCUUUGGUCCAUUCUUUUGUUUUAUGAGUUUUGUACACAAGUCCUGAUCAUGUUUUGUUUAUUGCUAAAGUCUUUCUCUCCUAUGGAAUUGGAUAAUGUGAAUUGACAACGAUAUGUUAAAAGGUUAGCUGUAGUGACCAGCUUUUUUAAAAACUUCAUCAAGAGUUUAAUUCCACGUUAUUUGUACUUGUUUAAAGUAGAGAUCACUGCAUUGGAUGUUCAUCUUCUUGACUAAUUAGUCCUUUCAACAGUGGCUCCAACAGACAUACAAAUAAACAAAGUAAUCUUGUGAACCCUUUGUUUUGCUAAGAAAAGACAACGACGUGAUUUGCAGCAGAUUUGCUGGCAAGGCUCAAAGAUCCUUUAUUUACUAAAGCGCUCUCCGUAUGUUUUUACAAUCUUGUCUUUGUUCUCAUUACGUACUCACUUUUAGCCCUACCAGCCCUGCUAUGUAUUUUAAGGUCUACUUUUGGAUUGUGAGUUGCUUUUUUUGGACUGAAAUAAAGAAACCUUUUCUCUCUA